UUGGCAGAAAAAACAUUAAUUUUUCUAAGUGGUUGUGUAAAGAUUACGCUUUCAGUACUGAACGAUGAACAAAGCCCUACUAUUCAUCGUAUCGUGGAAUAUUCUCAUCAUCUUGUCCCAGAUAUCGACAAAAUUCUUAACUCUAGCUAUUACUGGGGUGUAAUGGAUCGUUUCCAAGCGGAGCAGUUAUUGGAAGGAAAGCCUGAGGGGACCUUCCUCCUUCGUGAUAGUGCCCAGACGGAAUACCUGUUUUCGGUCUCUUUUCGUCGUUAUCAACGUACUUUGCAUGCGAGAAUUGAGCAGGGAAACCACCGCUUCAGUUUCGAUAUUCAUGAUCAGAGCGUAUUCUCUGCGCCGACUAUAACCAAACUGAUCGAGAAAUACAAAGAUCCAGCUAGGUGCCUCUUCUUUGAGCCCCAACUCACCCACCCGCUUCAUCGCGGCCGCGUGUUCUCGCUUCAGGAACUAUGUCGAGGUGUCAUUGUGAGUCGCACUACCUACACCGGUGUGGCCAGUUUACGUCUUCCACCAAAAUUAAAACAAUAUAUACGCGAAUAUCAUUAUACAAUACCCGUACGUACCGUAACUCUGUCAGAAUAA